AUGACGCCAAGCCCGUCGCCGAGCACCACGCCGAGCACCAAGGCACCCGAGCCGAGUCCGUCGCCUGCUCCGUCGCCCAACACAGAUGCGCCAAAGCCGUCGCCGCCGCCGUCGCCAUCUCCGUCGGCGGCAACACCACAACCGCCGGCGCCUAGUACGCACGCGCCCGCGCCGUCUGCAUCGCCGUCGACACCGCCUGCCAGCCCAACGGCAUCUACCAGCCCACCCCGCACGGACCCGGUGCCGACGGCAGCGACCACCGAACCCAGUAACGACUCGAUCUCGACGCCGCCGUCCACAACAAAGGAACCGCGCUCUACAAAUAGUACCACGACAGGCGACGCCUCCAGUGACUCUUCGUCCAGCACGACGAUCAUCGCCGUCGGCGUCUCGGUCGGCGUCAUUGGGCUCGUCGCCCUCGUGGGCUUCCUCGUCUUCGUGCAGCGCCGCAACGGCAAUGGCGACGACGACGACGAUCUCAAGGAAAGCAACCGCGGGUACGCUUCGACGACAUAUGGUCGCGCCACGUACGGUCGUGCGACCUACGCGUCGGGUCCUGCGCCGCCGCCGACGUCGUCGCUCGUGGCACCGUACUUGGCGUCGUCGUUCAAGGCGCCGUUGCCCGAUGUCUACGACUACCCGAACGACAAUGUCGCGCGCCCGGCGCCGCAGCGCGAGUUCGUGCGACCGACGGCCGAAUCGGGCCACUCGGUUGCAAUGCUCGAGUCGCGUGUUUCACACAACUGGGACUCGGUCGGGACAGACCCGCUGGCGAGCGACGCGGGCUCCAACGCCAGCGACGUCACCGGCGGCUACCAAGGGUCCGAGGACCGCAGCAGCUACAGCUCGCUCAUGCAAACCGCGCGGCAUCUCAACAACGACUCGUUCUUGUCGGCCAAGAGCUCCGACGCCGACGACGACGAGCGCGACCCGUCGAUUUCCAGCGACGGCUUCAGCGACCGGGAUACCGUCGUCUACCUCGGCGCUGUCUAA